GAGACCUUACUAAAAACUUGUUAGCAAUACUCUCUGAUCCCUGGUAGGCUAUGACAUCAGCCAAGAAAGCCUAUGAUGAUCAUAAUAACUUCUGAGGAGGAGGAGAAUCCUGCUGGCUGAGUAAUUAGUUCUGCACAGCAAGGGGUGAGCAGUUAGUUUUCUGUUAGGAUCAGUGUUCACUGCAUCCAAACUGGUUUGAGGCACCGGCUGCUGCGAGACAAGUCCCCAGGAAAGCACAACAAACACUGGAUGAAUUCUGAGUUAUUAGCUGUGGUCAUUUUGCCUCCUGGCUGAAAUCAGGGUGGGGUUUCUGGCACAGGACUGCUUGCUGAGAAACACCAUGACACUCCUGGGGUCUGAGCAUUCUUUGUUGAUUCGGAGCAAGUUCAGAUCAGUUUUACAGUUACGACUUCAGCAAAGAAGGACCCAAGAACAACUGGCUAAUCAAGACAUAAUGCUGUCAUUGCAAAAUCAGACUAUAUUCCAAGAGCAAAGAAAAGGCUUUGAUAAGACUGAAGACUAUUUAAAGCACAAGAUCAGAAAGAGACCUGAAGGGACCAACUUGAUCAACAUGCACAUUUUACAAGACACAACCACAGAGGAAUCCAUUACAGCUCCUCAGAUGAAGCUUAAAAGAGCCCGACUUGCAGAUGAUCUGACUGAAAAUAUUGCUCUCAGACCAGGUCUCCUGGAGCUGGUGGAGAAGAAUAGAAUUCCUGUUGAUUCAACUAUGAAAGAAUCCAUGAAAGGUAAUCAUGUAGGCAUCUCCAAAUCAACAGAUGCUUUUGCCUUUGAUGAGGACAGCAGCAAUGAUGAACUCUCUCCAGAACAGAUACGAAGUGAAGACUCACAAAGUUCUAAUAGUUUCCCACCUGACACAAAAGCCACAGGGGCCUCUUCAUCUGCCCCAUCAGAAACAACUCAGGAUCAUACUUCUGGCUCUGAAAAUGAUAGAAAUGAACCAGUAUCACACUUCAUCAACCAAUCAGACAACAUGAAGCAGGUGAAUGGCCCAUUGAGCUCACCUAUCCCUCUGCCUGCUGCGGUAAAGUUAAUUGUAGUCCCUGUGACCAGGGCAUUCUUUUCUCUGAAGCUCUGUUGGAUUUGCUGGGGAGUUACUCUUUCCUUCUGGGUUUACCUCUUGGACUUCUCUCAAUCCAAGUCUAAGUCCUUUAGCGACAGCAAGAACCGCCACAAAAAGCCAAAGGACACCAAACCAAAGGUGAAGAAGCUAAAAUAUCACCAAUACAUUCCUCCUGACCAAAAGGCAGAAAAGUCUCCUCCUCCCAUGGACUCUGCCUAUGCUAGGCUUCUGCAGCAGCAACAACUUUUCCUACAACUACAAAUCCUCAGCCAACAACAACAGCAGCAAAGAUUUAGCUACCCAGGGCAUCAUCAAGCACAGCUAAAGGAACCCAAUGAAGAAUUGAUCAGAAAUCCAAACUCAUCAGUUUCCAUAAGCAAUACUCCUCUAUCUCCUGCCAAAACCACUUUUUCUGGACAAACUGGCAUUUCUUCUCUCAAGCUGGGUCCUCUUCCAUCAAAUCUGGAUGAUCUGAAGGUCUCUGAAUUGAGACAACAACUUCGAAUAAGGGGCCUACCUGUAUCAGGCACCAAAACAGCCCUCAUGAAUCGCCUUCGACCCUUCCAGGACUGCCCUGAGAACACAGUGCCAAAUUUUAGUGAUAUAACUACUAUCACUUUUCCCGUCAACCCAGGCAAUACUCUAACCAGCUAUCAGUCCUCUUCUACUAGUGUCUUACCCAGUGGUUUCUAUCACUUUGGCAGCACCAGUUCCACACCACCCAUUUCUCCAGCUUCAUCUGAUGUCUCAGUCACUGGCUCUCUACCAGAUACUUUCAAUGACACUUCACCAUCAUUUGUUCUUCAGCCCUCUCCUAUCCACAUUUGUGCAGAGGACGGCGUAAUGAGCAGCCUCAAUGGGGGAUGCAUCCAGUCUGAUUUAGAUGGAACUGAUUCUGAGAAGGAUAAGAUGUUAGUAGAGAAGCAAAAGGUGAUUAAUGAACUUACCAUGAAACUACAGCAAGAGCAAAGACAAGUGGAAGAACUGAGGAUGCAACUUCAGAAGCAGAAGAGGAAUAACUACACAGAGAAAAAACAGCCACAAACAAAUUUCUUUGGUGUUCCCAUCAAGACGGAAGAUACUGUAUGCAGUUGCCCUUUUCCAUCAAAACAAACAUCUGUGAAAAUACAGAGUAAUAAUUCAGACAAACAACUAAGUACUCGAGAACCUGCCCAGCUCCUUCCCCCUCUAAACAGUCAUUCUGUAGAGUCCGUAGGACAGACCAAAGCACUUUCUUCCACAUUUCUUAGCCCUCAGAAUUCUCCCCAACAUUCCCCACUUGGAGCUAUAAAAAGUCCACAGUGUAUCAGUCGGCCCCCAUCACCGAACAACCAUUACCUCCUCUCUUCAUCUUCUAGCUCCCAAGGAGAGAAGCACAGUGGCCUCUCACAAACCAGCAGCCAAAUGUGCUCAAUUCAGAGCUCAGGAAUACAAGAUGGCAAUACUUCAGGCUUCUCUCCUGAAUCAUCCAAACUCCAUAUUCCCUUCUUUGGUACCCAACCAGACAGUAGGCAGGUUACCAGAGUCAAUGCUUCUUCCAAAAGCCCUGAUACAGAACACAAGAUGGCUGUUUUACAUUCUUCUUGUCAGGCAGGGCCAAAACUUUCUAUUCCAUCCCGAACUUUUUCAAAGUCAAGUUCAGGACUUUCAGAGAUAAUGCAGCCUCCCACUUAUGAGGAUGCAAUUAAGCAGCAAAUGAUUCAAAGUCAACAGAUGGAUGAACUCCUUGAUGUCCUCAUUGAAAGUGGAGAAAUGCCAGCAAAUGUCAAAGAAGAUCAUUCAUGUUUUCAAAAAGCACAAAAGAUAACUGGAUCUUCUCAAAGUCUUCUCCACAAAUCCUCUAGCCCAUUUGAGCAUAUCUCUUCAGCAUCCCAGCUCUCUUUUGAUCACUGCACAACUAAUAGUGACAAUCACUUUGAAGUCUUAUUGAAUUCUCACAGUCCUUUGGGCAAGGUCAGUGAUGUCACACUUCUAAAAAUUGGAAUUGAGGAAUCUCAGUUUGAAGGGAUUAUGGACAGAUUCUCUGACAAAGCAACAGAUGAACUUUUAGGUUCUCAUGAGAUCUUGCCAGCCCCUCUCUCCCCCAUACAAUCUCAACUUUCACCUUCUUCCAUAGAUGGAACAGGUUUGCAGAUGAGCUUAACAGAAUCUCCCUGGGAAACUAUGGAGUGGCUAGACCUUACCCCACCAAGUUCUACAACAGACUUCAGUUCUCUCACUGCCACAGGCCCAAGCAUCUUCAACAGUGAUUUUUUGGAUAUUACUGAUCUCAGUUUGAACAGUACCAUGGACCUUCAUUUACAACAAUGGUAAAACACUAAAUGUGCAAUACUAAGUAUGAGAAGGAAUGCAUUGAAGCAGGAUGAAAAUACCUAAUCACAGACACCUUUUAUUAUUAAUAGAAGAGAUAAAGUCAAAAAGAAGCAAUAUAGGCUUUAGCUCCAUCCAAGAAGAAGAAAAUGGACUCUUUAUUAUAUAAAAUUUACCAACUGUUUGCUACUGAGAAUGAUUCAAACUAUGACUUUCGUAAUUAGCUUUUUUAGACUACACGUGCCAAGAAGGUCUUUCAGUGCCUCUAAAAACAUGGAUUUAAAAAAAAAACCAGGAUUUUUCUCAGGCAUUGUUUGGGUCUUGUCUCAUCUUAAAAUGAAACCCAUUCACAUAACUGGACAACUCAUCACGUAAUAUAGAAGGGAAAAAAGAUUUACUUUAAGAACAAAGAGAAUUAUAAAAGCCUAGUUUAAACCUAGGGAAAUGGAAUGUCUUCCUAUCAUAGACUACUUACUCAUUUUCCAGGGAUGAUACUGCCUGUGCUCGAGGGGAAAUGCUAAUUUCCUUAGGGAAAUCUUUGAAUAGCUUUUGAGCCAUCAGUGGAAAAGGACAAAACCCACUUAGUUCUAGGAAGCUAGGUCAGCUCAGCAGCUUUCAACAAUAAUGCUUUUCCAGGGACUGGUUUCAAUCAGGAGCAUAGGCUUUUUUUUUUUUUGGUACUUGAUAAUAGCUGACACAUUCAAGGGACCCAGAUCAACACUGGGGGUUUUGUUAAGGUGAAGAAGGUUCAAUUCCUGCUCUCUAUAAAAGGAAGGCAUUGGGAGGAGUUUGAUACUUCACCCUUCAAAUCUCCAACCAGAGAGAAGAAGCUGAGGAAGGUGGUGUCAGUCAAGGCUUGAGUCAACAGAAUGAUGAUGAGAUGAGAGGUAAUUAGCUUAACCUUAGAAAGGUAUCAGCAGACAGCAAUUAGAAGAAGCUGAAAAAGGUCGUUAUUUCAAUCAGUAUUUCAAUUCCUGCUCCUGUAGGAAACUAUUUAGUGUCAUACUUUUUAAGGGUAAAAUUUUGUAGGUUACUCUGUGGUCUUCUGAUGGUGACAUUAGCAUAGGUCUUUAGUAUUCAUGAAGUUCAAAUUUCAUUCUUAGCUUUGGGGAGGAGGAGUGUGAUCCACCCUAAUUCAUAUUUUCCCUCUUCACUUUCCCUGCAACUUAUCCGUCUCUUUUUACUGUUCUCCUUAUCCUUUUUCUUUCUGUGUCUUCUCCAUUUUUUUACUCUGAAGCCUUACUUCAGUGAAAAAGAGUAACUAGUAAGUUCUAACACAGCAACAAAAUUUUCUGAUAAUGCUACUCAUUCUGAUAAUGCACUAAGAUCCAUAGAAUAAUGCUCCUCCAGAUAAUUCACUGUCACAAGAACUUCUUGAGAAAAAUGUUCUUUUGAAAUGUUUCAUAAGCCUCUCAGGUAACAGGUCAUUAUAUUGCCCUUUGUUUACUAAAAAGCCAUUCAAUCAUCUGAUGUUUUAUAAAGGUCCACUUUGGAAAACUGGUUGCUGUCAUGUAAAUGGUAAAUAUAGGUUUAAAAAAGAUAUUUAUGUAAUAGAGUAUAGUCUGCGAAACUAAAGAAACUAAAUGAAAACACAGUUGCACAUUGUAGAAAACGGGGUGUGGCUGUAGGAUAGUAGAGACAGUAGAGAUUAGUCUGUUUUCAUUCCCCAUGAACUUUCGGAUUUGGGCUAGGAGCUGACAAGAAUGCUAUAGAACAUUUUCUUCAGAUCUCACUAUUAACUCCCGAUCAGUUCUAUAUUGCUUUGGAAGAUAUAGAAAAUAGCUAUAGGUUUGUUUUUGAUCACAAAUACACUAUUUUCUUCUAUUUUUACAAAUAUUGUUCACUGUGCACUCCUAAGAUAGAAAAAAAUUAAUUGCCAUUUUCAUGAUGUUUAGGAUUUCUCUUGGAAAAUCAAAGAUUGACAAGUCAUUCCAGUGUCAUCUGUAAAAAGUGUUUAAACAAUAAUUUUGGUGACUGUCACCAUUGUGCAAGCUUCCAGGCUUUAAUUCUGAGGGGAAAAUGGUUUUCUGGCCUCCAAAGCAGUAUUUUUAACCAUCCAUGAAUAACUGCUUAGCUGCUAUGAAAUGAUGCCUGAAUAUAUCCUACAGGAACUUUCUGAUUAAACUACAAGAUUACAUUGAAGUAACUGGUCAUUCUCAUCUAAGUGCCUUAACAUAACACCUGGCUUACCAAGAAGAAAUGUGAAGAAGCAAAAUGGUUUCAACAACUAUCUCUGGAAAAUUCCAUUAAGAAUAAGCAAAUUGUCUUACAUUCCUCAUAUCUAAAUUAGCACUCUAUAUUGUUUUAAAAGAUUUAUGUGGGACAUCUAUUCAGCUUAGUCAUCAUUCCUGAGUAUCCAAGUGGAGAAAUCAUCAUUUCUUUGAUAUUAAAGAUAUAAGAAAGUAA